GCUGGGCCUUUUCGGGCAGCCUCAGUUCAUAUACGUCUUUUUUUAUUCACAUAUCUCGUAACAAUCACUCCUCCAAAAAACCACUUCAUUUUGUAGAAUCCAAAGUUCCAUAGCCACAUUCCACACCCCACAAAAGAUUAGAAACCCCCUCCCCUCCACAUUCAUCAUAUAUAUUUUUUUCACGUAUUGCAAUGACUGUGUCUAGAGGUUUCAUGGGAGUUGUGACUCUCAUUGGUAUUGUGAUGAGCAUCGGCCUUCUUCCUCCUUGUCAAGCACAAGCUCCAGCUCCAGCUCCAGCUCCUGCUCCUGCUCCUGCUCCUGCCAGUGAUGGGACGUCAAUUGACCAAGGGAUUGGGUAUUUGCUGAUGGCUCUGGCUUUAGCACUUGCCUAUCUAAUCCACACCAUGGAUGCAACAACGUCUUCUUACUCAUAAACGCAUUGAUCGAUUCCAGUUUGCUUUUUCGUUCUCCCUUUCAUUUUUCUCUUUCGUUAUUGCGAAGAUUCAAAACCAUUUGUUGGCUUGUUGUAAAGAAACUCCUCCGCUGAAUUGAAUUGAAUUGAAUUGUCGAUGAUAAUUUUAUGUGUU